GGUAGUUAGGGGUAAGCAGUAUUUGUUUCUCAAAUUUUAAGACGUGGUGGAUGCCUUCGCUCAAGAACCGAGUGUCUAAAGGAGAAGAACCCAUACAUUGAACUCCAUCAACAGCUUCUCAAAGUUUUGCUUCUAAAUCAAAGAAUGAAGUUUGUGUCCCUGUUUUCCACAACAAGCGCAGCAGCUUCGGUUGUGUUUCCUAGAAAACAUGCUUGAACCUCGAUGGCUCUCUUUCCGGAAAGUAAUCUCGUAUUUGAUCGAAGAAUGCAAGAACACGAGACAACUUAAACAAAUCCAUGCCCAAAUCUUAACGUCUUCAAACUUACCGCAAAAAGACCACCAUUUCUUGAUUUCCCGUCUUCUCUUCUUUUGCGCCCUUUCUGAAUCGGGCUCUCUUAGCUACGCCACACAUAUUUUUCAACGCAUAAAGAACCCAAAUCUCCCCAGCUAUAACAUCAUGAUCAGGGCCUAUGCUUCUAAAAACAGCCAAGAUUAUGAUACCCAUUUAUGUCAGGCCUUAAUACUAUAUAAACAGAUGCUUUGUAAUGGCAUCUCACCUGAUACCCUCACUUUGCCAUUUCUUGUAAAGGAGUGCACGAGGAGGAGAGCUAUAGGCACAGGCAGAGGUAUUCAUGGACAGUCUAUCAAACAAGGGUUUUAUAUCGAUCUCUUUGUUCAAAAUUCAAUGAUAAGUUUUUAUUUUGCUUGUGGGUUUGUGGAUAAUGCAAGGAAGUUGUUUGAUGAAAUGUUGAAUAGGGAUGUUGUUUCUUGGAACUCGAUGAUUGUUGGGUAUUUGAGAAGUGGAAAUCUUGACGAGGCAUUGGAUUUUUUUCGAAAAAUGAAGAGGGGGAAUGUUAUUACUUGGAACUCGAUUAUAACGGGAUUUGUUCAGGGUGGCAGGCCAAAGGAGGCCUUGGAAUUUUUCCAUGAAAUGCAGUGUUUGAGCGAUGAUAUCAAUAUAGCUAGACCAGAUAAGAUUACCAUUGCUGGUGUACUUUCAGCUUGUGCUUAUCUUGGUGCUAUUGAUCAUGGGAAGUGGGUGCAUGGUUACUUGAGGAGAAGUGGUCUAGAGUGUGAUAUGGUGAUUGGGACUGCAUUAGUGGACAUGUACGGGAAAUGCGGUUGUCUGGAAAGAGCUUAUGAGGUCUUCAAGGAAAUGCCUGAGAAGGACACCUUGGCAUGGACGGCUAUAAUUUCUGUAUUUGCGCUUCAUGGAUAUGGUCAGGAGGCUUUUGAUAUUUUCAAAGAAAUGGAAGCAGAAGGGGUGAAGCCCAACCAUGUCACUUUUGUUGGGCUAUUGUCAGCUUGUGCUCAUUCGGGAUUUGUAGAGAUUGGUCGCUGGUGUUUUGACAUAAUGAAACGCAUUUACAGAAUAGAGCCACAAGUCCAUCACUACGCAUGCAUGGUUGAUAUACUUGGUAGAGCUGGACUUUUUGAAGAGGCAGAGGAACUUAUUAGGAACAUGCCAAUGGAGCCAGAUGUAUUUGUAUGGGGUGCCUUGUUAGGAGGAUGCCAAACGCACAGGAACGUACAAUUAGGUGAAAGAGUGGCACAACAUUUGAUUAAUUUGGAGCCACUGAACCAUGCUUUCUAUAUGAACUUGUGCGAUAUAUAUGCAAAAGCCGGAAGGUAUAAUGAUAUGCGGAGAAUUAGAGCCUCAAUGAAAGAAAAAGGGAUUAAAAAAGAAGUCCCAGGCUGUAGCAUGAUUGAAGUAAAUGGAAUUGUUCAUGAGUUCUCAACGAUAGGUUCCCCAGAUGUUGUGAUGGAUGAACUAGUCUUUGUCUUGACUACAUUAAGUAAUGAGAUGAAGAUUCUUCAAGUAACGCUGUGGAGAGAAAUUCAGAAGAAUCUGAUUGAGAUUAAAGAGGACCAGUAGACUCUUGAUUCUCUUCAACCGAAUGAGGCAAAAGGGAGGGAACUGGGAAGGGAGAUAUAUUAUCAAGGAUCCUGUAGAAUGACUGAUAAAUAUUACCCGGUUCCAUCAUAACAUCUCUGCUUAAAGAAAAGGCUGCAUUGGGAAUGCAAGAAGUAACCACAAUAUAUGAAAAGGAUAUCUGCAAAAGAAUUUUCAGAAUUAAAUACAGAUGAAGCCAGGGACGAGAUGCAGUAUCUUCAUGCAGUUCAUAUUGAAACUCUCAUAUUCGUCCAGUAUUUCCAAUGGUAAUGUGCAACACCAAUGACUCCAAUUACAUAAAUUACGGAUCGGAUGCAAGAACUCAAAAUAUUUUGUCAAUGCCAUACAAUAACUGCAAAAUUUCGUAUCUGAAAACUCAGCAACAUGAAUUUCUUCCCCUCUCCCUUUUGCUAAAAAAAAAAAGAAAAAAAAAAGAAUUUCUUCCCCUCUCCCCAAUCUCACUGAAAAUAUUAAUUUCUUUAACUUCUUCAUUUAUAUUAGCCAUAUGAUUUCAAAUUCAUUGAGGUUCAGUGUCUCUUUGCAGUAAAUGUUUAUCAAUCAGAAAUUUCUGCUUCUGGACAAUAAAAUAUCAGUAGUUGGUCUCUGA